AUGAACUCGACGAACUCGUCGUGCGACGUGACGAUGGAGGAGGUGGGGUGGCGCGGACGCGGCGCCGUGCUGUCCACGUACGGCGCGCUCAUGUGCGUCGGCGCCGUCGGCAACGUGGGCGUGCUGGCGGCGCUGCUGGCGCGGCGGCGGCGCUCGCGCGUCGACCUGCUCAUGAAGCACCUCGCCGUGGCCGACGUGUGCGUCACGUGCGGCGUUAUACCGCUGGAGAUCGGGUGGAAGUGGACGAACGCGUGGCUGGUGGGCAACCUACUGUGCAAGCUGCUUCUGGUGUUGCGCGCCUUCGGCCUCUAUCUCUCCUCCAACGUCCUCGUCUGCAUCUCCAUCGACCGGUUCUUUGCGGUGCUGUACCCGCUGAAGCUGUCGGUGGCGCGGCGCCGCAGUCGGCAGAUGCUGUGCGGGGCCUGGGCCGCCGCGCUUGCCUGCAGCCUGCCCCAGAGCGCGGUGUUCCGCGUGCUGCAGCACCCGCGCGUGGCGGGUUUCGAGCAGUGCGUGUCGUUCGGCGCGUUCCCGAGCGCGCGGCUGGAGCUCGCCUACAACGUGUUCUGCCUGGCCGCCAUGUACUUCCUACCGCUGCUCGUCAUCACCGCCUGCUACGUCUGCAUCUUCAUCGAGAUACGACGCAGCAGCAACGACCUGAGCGAUCGGCGGGCGAUGCAGGUGCGGCGCGUGCGUCUGCGACGGUCGGAGGGCGCGGGGGGUGCGGGCGGCGCGGGGGUGCUGCAGCGCGCGCGGCGCCGCACGCUCCGCAUGACCGUCACCAUUGUCGCCGUGUUCGCGCUCUGCUGGCUGCCCUACGCCACCAUGGCUAUGUGGUACAUGGUGGACCGGGGGUCGGCGUCGCGCGUGCCGGCGCAGGUGCAGGACCUGCUGUUCGCGGCGGCGGUCAGCAACUCGUGCAUGAACCCGCUCGUGUACGGCUCGUACGCGCUGCGCCCGCACCGCGCCGCCCACCGCGCCGCGCGCCGCUGCCUCGCGCACGCCUGCUGCCCCCCAGCGGACAACACAGGUAACACGCGGUCGAGCUCGACGCGCAACAGGAACAACAACGGCGACUUGCCGCUGGUCAAGAUGUACCCGGACGGUCGCACGCGGCCGAGGCUGGUGCGGUUCGCGGAGACGGUCACGGCGACGGCGACGACGGCGGCGGAGCCGGUGCGGCGCGCGCCGGCGUGA